GCUAACAAAGUACAAUUAACUCGUUCAUAGAUGCAGAAGAAGAAAGAAGGAAAAGUAAGUGGAAGCCGCAUUUGCAAGGUUAUCCACAUGAAGAAGGUGUCUUGGAGGCAAAACUUCUUCCUUUGUUUGGGAUUGCUUGUUCAACUGUUCCUGCUGGUUGAUUGUACUAAAAAAUCAGAACUGAGAAGGUCCAUUCCUAAAAGCAGCAAUGGCGAAGAACCUCCGUCGUCUUCUCAGCUGCGAUUAUUGAUACAAGAUCGAUAUGUAGUGAUGGACAAUGGUCUCCUCCAAGUGACCUUAUCUAACCCACAAGGAAGUGUUACUAACAUAAGCUACAAUGGCACUAAUAAUUUACUGGAGUAUCGCAACGAAGAAGAUAAUAGAGGCUAUUGGGAUCUUGUGUGGAAUCCGGCUAACUCUUCUGGCAAAGGAACCUUCAAUAAGAUACUGGGGACAAGUUUCAAAGUUAUAAUGGAAGAUGAAAAUCAAAUUGAGCUUUCAUUCACAACAACUUGGGAUUACUCUGUUGGAGACAAAUCUGUUCCCUUAAAUAUAGACAAAAGGUUUGUGAUGCUGCAAGCUAGCUCUGGUUUCUACUCAUAUGCGAUUUACAAGCAUCUAGAAGGAUGGCCCGAUUUUAACAUGGAAGAAACCAGAAUUGCUUUCAAACUCAGGAAAGACUGGUUUCACUACAUGGCCAUAUCGGACCACAGGCAACGGAUCAUGCCCAUGCCGGAAGACAGGGCGACCGGUCAACCCUUAGCUUACCCGGAAGCGGUUAUCUUGACCAAUCCAACCAAUCCCGAACUCAAGGGAGAGGUGGAUGACAAGUACCAGUAUUCAUGUGAAAAUCAAGAGAGUAGGGUCCAUGGUUGGAUCAGCUUCGACCCUCCCAUUGGAUUCUGGAUGAUCAAUCCCAGCGACGAGUUCCGUACAGGUGGGCCUGUUAAGCAGGACCUUACCUCCCAUGUGGGCCCUACAACUCUCUCGAUGUUUAUUAGUCUUCACUACGCUGGGGAGGAUCUAUCAAUGAAGGUACGAGAUCGAGAGCAUUGGAAAAAGGUUUUUGGCCCUGUUUACAUUUAUCUAAACUCAGCCUUUGAUGACGAGCAUGUCCUUUCACUUUGGGAUGAUGCAAAAAAUCAGAUGUUGACAGAAGUACAAAACUGGCCAUACAGUUUCCCAGCUUCUGAUGACUUCCUUUCUUACGAUCAACGCGGUAUUGUUACUGGUCAAUUAUUUAUCCGAGACAGGUUCGUUGAAGAAGAAGAUAUCCCUGCCGACUCUGCUUACUUGGGGUUGGCUCCACCUGGAGAUGCUGGAUCUUGGCAAACAGAACACAAGGGUUACCAGUUUUGGACUAGAGCUGAUUCUGAUGGAUCUUUCUUAAUAAAUGAUGUUCGGCCUGGAGAUUAUAAUCUUUACGGAUGGAUGCCUGGUUUUAUAGGAGAUUACAAAUAUGAUGUUAAUAUUACCAUCAACCCAGGAUCCAACUUAAGUCUGGGUCAUAUCAUAUAUGAACCACCAAGACAUGGUCCAACCUUGUGGGAGAUAGGAAUUCCUGAUCGUUCUGCGGCCGAAUUUUAUGUGCCUGACCCUAAACCAGAAUAUAUAAAUAGACUUUACCUCAGUAAUCCAACCAGCAAUGAUAAAGUUGCAGCACCUGUUGAUAAAUUUAGGCAAUAUGGACUGUGGGAAAGGUAUGCAGAAUUGUAUCCUCUUCAAGACCUCGUGUAUACUGUGGGUCUGAGUGACUACAGCAAGGACUGGUUCUUCGCACAUUUUAACAGGAACAUUGGUAACAACACGUUCCAAUCAACCACAUGGAGGAUUAUAUUCCAGCUUGACAACAUGGACAGAAACCUAAACAAAACUUAUAUGUUGCAGUUAGCACUCGCUUCAGCUUCAAAUUGUGAACUGCAGGUUCGGUUCAACAUUCCUGAUGUGGAUCCCCCACACUUCACAACUAAGCUGAUAGGGAGAGACAAUGCAAUCGCAAGACAUGGAAUCCAUGGACUAUAUUGGCUUUACAACAUUGAGAUACAGAGUGAUUGGCUUGUCAUUGGAGAAAAUGUAAUCUUCUUGACUCAAUCAAGACAUUUAAGCCCUUUUCAAGGAGUCAUGUAUGAUUAUAUACGAUUGGAAGGGCCCUCUAGCUAGCUAGUUCCAGUACUUAAAACAGAUGUUGGUCAUAUAUUCAUCUGUAUAGUCUUCCACAUCCCCC